UUACACACGAGCCCUAUUCCUAUGCGCGAGAGUAAACCCUAGGUAAAGGCUCGCAAAUCCUUCAUAAUCAGCCAGACGUAUCUGAAUUAGGCUGAAUAUUUUCCCUUGAUUGAAAAUGCUGAGAGUAGCAGGGCGGAGGCUGUCUUCUCUUUCAUGGCGGUCGGGUCAGACUUCGUCGGCCGCGUUCGUCUCGAGAAACCCAUUCACCGCCUCUGAUUCGUCUGCAGAUGGGCGCACCAUAUCCAUCUCGUCACCCGCUCACUCAUUUGCCCUUAUGGACUCCUUUGCCGAUCAAAUCAGAGGGUUUUCUUCUAGUACCCUUGCUCCAGGACAGGAUAUGAGUCUGAUUCCAGAUAUCCCAGCUACUGUGGCAGCAAUCAAGAAUCCCAGUUCAAAGAUAGUCUAUGAUGAGCACAACCAUGAGCGAUAUCCGCCAGGAGAUCCCAGCAAGCGGGCAUUUGCGUACUUUGUUUUGACAGGAGGCAGGUUCGUGUAUGCAUCAUUGGCCCGUCUCUUGGUACUCAAAUUUGUUUUGAGCAUGUCUGCCAGUAAAGAUGUCCUUGCUCUUGCUUCCCUUGAGGUGGAUCUAUCUAGUAUUGAACCUGGGACAACUGUUACCGUGAAGUGGCGUGGGAAGCCAGUUUUCAUUAGGCGUCGCACUGAAGAUGAUAUCAAGUUGGCCAACAGUGUUGAUGUUGCAUCCCUUCGUGAUCCACAAGAGGAUGCUGUUAGGGUUAAGAAUCCAGAAUGGCUUGUGGUUGUUGGGGUGUGCACCCAUCUGGGAUGCAUUCCUUUGCCAAAUGCUGGUGACUUUGGCGGUUGGUUUUGUCCUUGCCAUGGAUCUCAUUAUGACAUCUCUGGUAGGAUUCGCAAAGGACCCGCACCAUUCAACCUGGAGGUUCCCACUUACAGCUUUUUGGAUGAAAACAAGUUGCUGAUUGGUUGAGAGUUUAUAUCAUUAGGAAUUUCAUACACCAAACCUGGGGAAGCCAGAAAUGUGGAGCUUAAUCUUUUUUUCCCUCAUUUGUAACUUGUAAUUUUCUCUUUCAAGGCUGUUCUGUUGUGCUUGCUUCAUUCAACUUGAAUGGCCCAGCAUUCUAGUGGCGCGUAGCUUUUUUGGAAUAAUGCUGGCUACUUGUUCUUUCUUCAAUCUAAUGAGUUGGUUUAAGAUUAUGAUUUUUAUA